UCAGGCAGUACAACUAUGGCUGACUAUUGUAGGUAGCUUGCUAGCCGAUGUGGGCUUUAAAUAUGAUGGCAAAGUGUUUAAAAAGAAGUGACAUUUUGUCUGCUGACGGAGGAGAAUGUGGCUGAACAAUGGGAAACAUUUUUGGCCGAAAGAGUCGACCUUCUCGGGUAACCGAACAAGACAAAGCUAUUUUGGUAAGCAACUAAAGCAACAGAGAGAUAAGUUGAAGCAGUACCAGAAAAGAGUAAUGUUACAACUGGAGAAAGAGCGGCUUCUGGCCAAGCAGUUACUAAAAGAUGGCAGGAAAGAAAAGGCACUUCUGCUUCUUAAGAAGAAGAUAUAUCAGUAUCGGUUACUCGACAAGACUGAAAGUCAGAUCUCAAACCUUGAGUGCAUGGUCCAAGAUAUUGAGUUUAUGCAAAUUGAGAUGAAAGUCAUCGAGGGGUUAAAGGUCGGCAACAAUUGUCUGAAGAGCAUGCACGAGAUCAUGUCUAUAGAAGAUGUGGAGAGAAUCAUGGAUGAGACCCAAGAAUCUAUUGAUUAUCAACGGCAGAUAGAUGAAAUGCUGGCUGGAGCCCUGACAGAGGAGGACGAGGAUGCUGUUUUAGCAGAGCUGGAAGCCAUCACUCAGGGAGAAGCUGUCACUCUGCCAGAGGUCCCCACUGAGCCGCUACCAGAGGUCUCAGAGGCAGCUCAAGCUGAACCAGAGAGGAAAGAAGCAAGAAACAAGCCUGAUGGAGAGAUGCUGGCAGUUUAACAGUCCAGCAGUGGGGUGGAUGUCCAGUGCAAACGUCUCCGUGCACAUGCUGUGUUUACUUGGUGGACUUUUUUGUUGUAAGGAGAGUUCUGUUUCUGCAGGCAUGAGUUCACAUUUGUUCAUUUAGUGUGCUGGCCCUGAUUUGACUUGAAUUUAGCCGAACAGUGUUAUGCGGUUAUUCCAACAAACUGAGCAACAACGUUUUUAGAUGUUUUACAUAAUAAACUCAGCAGUGG